AAGGAGAGAGAGACGCAGCGAUAUGAGUACACUCCGGUUUGGUUGCGAUCGACUCCCUGACUGCUCUGCCGGGAAAUAAUGUGAUAUGGCAUUUUUGACCGUACGUUGCAACUCCACCUGGGACAUGGAAUACAAGACUGAUCAGAAGGAAACAGGUUUUUUGCUGAAGAAAUCAACUUGAAAAUACCCAGAGACUACUUCUUUUUUGUAUUCGUGAUUGUCAUUCUGGCUCCGGCUGACACAGCACGUAGGACACUUGAGAGCAUUGGGACUUGUCGGGGGCAAAAAAGAAAACUAGAAGGACAGAGGGAAAGGGAAUGAUUGACAGCCAUGGCAAAUGAAGAAUUCUGAGUAUACUUUGUGCAUAGUAUUUGAAGAUACAUCGGUUUGUUGGGUGCAUAAUAUUGUACUUUGGCUUUUACCAGUCAAAACUACACCGAGGGUUUGAGUUUACAACAUUUAGACAAUUAGUUUCACUGUAGCAUGCUUGUUUUCAUGUCAAGUUGUCCAAAGUGACGCUUCGCCACUGUAGAAUCGAUCUCAGAUAUUUGACCACACAUCCCAGGUUCAGUCAUGCACCCUAGGUCAGUGACCUUCAACCUCCCCAUGCUGUUGGCUGUGCUCUUGUUGUGGGGGCCGACGGAGUCUAUGGGCCAGAAUGACACGGAGCCCAUCAUCCUGGAGGGCAAGUGCUUGGUGGUGUGCGACUCCACUCCUUCAUCGGAACCCGGAGGCAACGCCCUGGGCAUGUCGGUCCGCUCCGGCUCCGGCCGCGUGGCCUUCUCCGCCAGCCGCCAGACCAACCACGAGCCCACUGACAUGAGCAACCGCACCAUGAUCAUCUACUUCGACAAUAUCCUGGUGAACGUGGGCACUCAUUUUGACCAAGAGAGCAGUGUGUUCCUGGCGCCGAGAAGAGGCGUGUACAGCUUCAACUUCCACGUUGUGAAGGCCUACAACAGGCAAACUAUUCAGGUCAGCUUGAUGUUGAACGGCUGGCCGAUGAUUUCGGCGUUUGCAGGCGACCAGGACGUGACCAGAGAGGCUGCCACCAACGCCGGUCUGGUGAUUAUGGAGAAGGGGGACAAGGCCUACCUCAGACUGGAGAGAGGCAACCUGAUGGGAGGCUGGAAGUACUCCACCUUCUCCGGGUUCCUGGUGUUCCCCCUGUGAGGAAGGUGGUUAAGGUGUUGGAGGGCUGAAAGGAGGAGCGUUGGAUAGAGAAGAGCAAGGGUGAGGCAGAGGUAAAAAAAAAAAAGGUGGCACUAGUCUGUUACUCUCUAUUCAUCGCACAAAGAGAGGUGUUUUAUGCAAAAACGAUUGUGCAAAUGAAGGUAAUUCUCACUUGAGACCCAAAAGAAGAAAGUACAGUAAACAUGACUUCCCUGUGUAUUUAAUAUGCUCUGUUUCUGUGAAUAACUAGUUAUUGUGUUUAUUGUGGGGGAAAACAUAAAGUAGCCGUGUGCAAUAUAGACCUCUGUGCUAAGAUUAUUUUUUUUCAAAGUGUUUGAGACAUUGCUGUACUCCACAUGACAUCCUGGCAAGCCUACAAAUGUGCCACACUUCCCCUUUACUCUGCUGUGCUGUAUCACAGACAGUCCUCUAUAUGCCUGUCUCCUGCAACAAAUGUUUAUUUACACAGAAAUUUCUAUGGAGGGGAAAAUAUUGAAAUAAAAUGAAAUAACAUUGGC